AUGACUCUCGGAAGAAGUGGGCCUACAGGAGGGAAUGGGUCUGGGCCCAAUAACACCCAACGGCCCAAAACUAUUUCGGGCCUUGAUAAAACCACACAGAACGAGAAGAAACCCAUUACUCAAGCUCAGAACAAUAAUAAUGAAGGAAAAGGGAGAGCGCCAUUCCGGCGACUCUCACCGGCGGAAUACGCACGGUAUCGAGCAGAGGGGCUAUGUUUCCAGUGCAGAGGAAAGUCGCACUCCAGAAGGGAUUGCCCCAACAAGGAGUUGAUGGUGCUAGUAGUACAGGAGGAAGACGAGGAGGAGAAAGAUGAGGAGGAGUGUGAGGGCACUGACGACGAGGAAGCACCAGAGUUUGCAGAAUGUGCAGCCUUGUCAGCCAAAUCAGCUGCCUUGGUCCUCAUCGACAGUGGAGCCACCCACAAUUUCAUCGACUACCGUCUGAUGGAAGAGUUGGGGUUGGAACGUGAGGAGACAGAGAGCUUUGGGGUAAUCACGGGUUCGGGAAAAGCCGUGAAAGGAGGAUGUAUUUGUAGGAAGGUGAAGUUGGAGAUGCAGAGUCACUCAGUGACAACAGAUUUCUUACCAUUUGAGCUCAAUAAUGUGGAUAUCAUCUUGGGUAUCCAGUGGUUGGAAACGUUGGGGGAGAUGAGGGACAAUUGGAAGUUGCAGACAUUGAAGAUUCUGGUAAAUGGGGAGUGGGUUAAGCUACAGGGCGAACCUGAUAUCUGUUGUUCUGAAGUAUCAGCCAAGGCUAUAAGGAAGGCCUUGGAACAACAAGAGUUGAGUGUAGUGGUAGAGUGUCGGGAGCUAACGACAGGCCCUAAAGAAGAGACUAAGACUCCGAAGCUCUUCAAACAGCUGUUGCUCAACUAUGAGAAGAUCUUUGAGGAACCGCAGGGACUUCCCCCCACUCGAAGCAGAGAGCACGCGAUCACUCUCACACAAGGAAGUGAUCCGGUGAGCGUGAGGCCGUUCCGUUAUCCUCAUCCUCAGAAAGAAGAAAUCGAGAAGCAGGUGACAGCAAUGCUGAAGGUGGCAUCAUACAGGAGAGCAUUAGUCCAUUCUCGAGUCCAGUCCUCCUCGUGA